UGUGUCUCACUAUUUUUCUUGAUUCAAUCUAUUUGAAAGUCUCCCUUAACACCGAUCGUCAGACAAACAAACCUUAUUAUCCUCGACCAAAAACAAGAAAACAAUAACCUUUUAUCGACCAAAUCCUUGUUCAAAUGUGCAGUCCAUUCACCUGUGGAGGCUUUAACAUUCAAGAAGAUGAUGAACUUUUGUGGUCAUGUAAUUAUUCUGCUCCAAAAAUAUCAAAAAGGAGCACCAGCUUUGGCAGCAGAAGAAAAAACAGCAAGAACCCUUAUGCCAAUAGGGGUCUAGAGAAAUUCUAUGCACUUUUAGCAGAUCUUGAUGAGAAAAGACAGAAAAUUUACACACAGAUGGGCUUCGAAGACGUUUCUCUCGUUCGUUUUGUUUUCUCGAAUUCCAAUCACGUUAAGCCCAUCAUCGUUAAAGUGAAGGAGAAAAAAGCACAAGAACACAAAGCAAAUGCUCACGUAACUACGAACAAUAUUCCUGAAGUGUCUGAGAAGUCUCCAGUCGAGACGUCUAAAGAUUUGGUAGUCGCGAAUGAAGUUCAACAAGCGAAGGACGAAAAAUCCGACCGAAGGAAUAUGAGGUUUUGCUCGAUAUGUGGUAGGUUUAAGUUGGAAAAGUUUAGGCAACCUUGUUACUAUUUUCCGGUGGUUAUAAUGAUUGCUCUUAUGCUAUUGGCUAUUUUUGGACGAUCUUUUGCCAUAUUGUGUACGUCUAUUGGGUGGUAUUUAAUACCUACAAUCAAAGGGGAGAGCUUAGAUUCAAGCAAGCCAAAGAAGAAAAAAGAAUAUGUCAAAAAAGUGAGCGAGAAAAAGAUUGUUACAAGUGAAGGAUUGUCUUCCCCAAGGAGUGUCCUAAACGGAUCAAGAGACAAGUCCCCUCGACAACAUGGCUAAGAAACUAUAUAUGGUGAAGAUUGAUGUUUCCAAUGUUUAAUUUAUUGUGAAUUAUUUUUCUCUUCUUUUUCAAUUUUCCCACUUGAAUCAUGUUUAUCUUUUUACACAAAAGAGAAUUAAUUUUUUUUUCUGUCUU